UUUUAGCAGCGCCAGUCAAACUUUGAGGAUUAUGACUGAAGCGCUACCCUUUGAUUUCAUUUUUCAUUUCAUAGUCAUGCAGCUGUUUUCAUGAGGCACAGCUCACAGAUUGAGAUGUUUGCGCUGUUGUCGCUUUUAUUGUGCGUAAAGACUGUUGUCAAUUCUCCAGUGUCCACAGCAGCACAGGCUCAGGGUUUUUUAGAGCGAUAUGGAUACCUGCAUGAGGAAAAUAAAACUCACAAUGCUGCUGAAAUGAAGUCAGCCAUAAGAGAGUUUCAGUGGCUGUCUCACCUGCCCCUCACUGGAAGGCUGGAUAGUGCCACUCUGGGGAAGAUGACAUCACCCCGCUGCGGGGUUAAAGAUGCCCGGAGCCAUAGUGCCUGGGGUCAAAGGGUCAACAACAUCUUUACCGGCUACAUGGACAGACACGAGCAGCACCUCCGUAAGAAACGUAACAUCGUAUCAGGUGAGAGGUGGUACAAACGUCACCUGACCUAUCGCAUCAUGAACUGGCCACAGUACCUCUCUGCCAGACAAGUGAGUCUGGCGGUGUUCACAGCAUUCCAGAUCUGGAGUAAUGCGUCUGGGCUGGUCUUCCAGGAGGUUAGUCAGGGUCCCGCCGACAUCCGUCUGGCCUUCUUUGAAGGGGAACAUAAUGAUGGGACAGGGAAUGCAUUCGAUGGACCAGGUGGGUCUCUGGCUCAUGCGUUUCUUCCAUCUCGUGGUGAGGCUCACUUCGACAUGGCUGAACGCUGGACCCUCAACCGCUUUAAAGGACACAACCUGUUCCUAGUAACAGCCCAUGAGAUUGGCCACACCUUGGGCUUGGUUCAUUCACCCGUCCGUCAUGCUCUUAUGUCACCAUUUUAUAAGAAGAUGGGUCGCAAUGCAUUGCUCAGUUGGGAUGACAUCACAGCUAUACAACAAUUCUAUGGUAAACCAUCUGGCGGUGGAUUUCAGCAGUUGACAGGACGGGCUCUGAGUUUGGCUGUAGAAGGGUGGGGAAUUUCGAAAGACCAUACUGGAGGAUCCUAUACACCCAAAUACUGUCAGGAUUUCUUUGAUGCCAUCACCAUGGAUAUGAACGGGACAGUGCUGGUGUUUCAGGGCCGUCUAUUCUGGACAUUAUAUAACGGAAGUAUGAGCGGUCCUCUUCCUCUGCAGACACGCUGGCCGCAACUCCCAUUGGCCAUCGAAGCAGCUGCAUUUUCCCCACAGGACGGCAAACUAUACUUCUUUAAAGGAAAAUGGAUGUGGCGUUAUUCGGACAAUCUUCUGGAUCCUGGAUUCCCCAGGAAGAACAGUAAAUCAGGCCUGCCCAAACACCUUGACUGUGCCUUCUUCUACCGGCCGCUGGGCAAGAUGGUGCUCCUGAAAGGAUCCCGUUAUUUCGUCCAGAACCUAGAGACUCUUAAACCAGAGCCAUACUACCCCCGUCAUCUUAGUGACUGGAAAGGGAUUCCACGGGGGUUAAACGGGGCCCUGACGUGGCCUGAUGGAAAACUGUACUUCUUUAAAGAACAGCAGUACUGGAGGUUUGAUCCGGGAAAGGUGCGUAUCACUGAGACUGGAAACUGGACUACAAGACUGCAGUGGAUUGGUUGCCAAAGGACCUCAUCAGUAGAAGAUAAUGACCUACUUUGAUCAGAAGAGGGAGCCAAAA